GCUGUCACACGGGGCAGCGAGUCCGGGACAGCGGAGCAUCGCGCGAUGUAUUGUCUGACAUGAAUAACGGGUGUGUUUUGACAAUUGAAACGCCUUGAUCGCGGAAAGCAUUCCGAUGCUAUGACAGUCGCUUCUCUUAAGGUAUUUCGUAUACCUUUAUUUUAACUAUAGACUGUAUUCUUGUUUGUUGUUAUCCGGAUACAGCUCUUUGCAACAAGUGGAAUUUUGGUGUGCGAUCCAGCUGUCAUGGAGGAGCAAAAUGAUCAAAACAGUCGUGAUUCGACUGAAUCUGAGAGCGUCUCGCUCUCACCCAAUAUACCAUCCCCUCCGAUUUUACCUCACCAGGCUGCGCAGCAAGCCCACAGAACCACGAACUUUUUCAUCGACAAUAUUCUACGGCCAGAUUUUGGCUGCAAGAAAGAUCUUGGGAGUAGGGACCGGGCGCAAACCUCGGGUAGGGAGAAUGUUAACCCUAUGGUGAUAAGGCCGUCGCAUAAUAGCAGCCUUUGCCAGGAUUCAAACUGCAGUAGUGACAGCACUUCUUCAUCCUCGUCUUCUUCGCCAUCCUCAAAGCAGACCUCUGCAAAGCUUGUCGAGGGAAAUGGAACUACCACAGCAAGGUACGGGGAGAAUACGACGUCGAUAAAGGUGGUGAACUCUAACGGGGGAACUUCGCAAGGAAAAGAGUCGCAGCCUAUACUAUGGCCUGCGUGGGUUUACUGCACCAGGUACUCGGACAGACCUUCAUCUGUUUCUACACUAGGCCCAAGGACACGAAAAUUGAAAAAGAAGAAAAGCGAGAAGGAUGACAAGCGACCGAGAACCGCUUUCACGGCCGAACAGCUGCAGAGACUUAAAGCCGAGUUUCAGGCGAAUCGGUACAUUACGGAGCAGCGGAGACAGUCGCUGGCCCUGGAACUCAACCUCAAUGAGUCGCAAAUAAAAAUCUGGUUCCAAAAUAAGAGGGCCAAAAUCAAAAAGGCCUCUGGCUAUAAGAACGGCCUCGCUCUUCAGCUCAUGGCUCAAGGACUCUAUAACCAUUCCACAACAACAAUUCAAGAAGAUAAAGACGAUAGCGAAUAAAAUGGCCCGGCUUCUCUCCUAACAAAGCCAUGGACGCUGACCCCGACAAAAGUGAUUUUUCAUAUUUUUUAUGAAUCAUAUGAAAAGGAAAUGUCUUCGAAUUCUGCGAAACGAAGAUACGAUAUUUAACAAAUUUCUGUUUAUCAUACAGUAUAUGGACAUGCAUCUAAAUAUGAACACUAUGAAAAUUUAUAUAUAUAUAGCCAAAACUGUAAGAUGUGUAUAUUUAAUUCCAGGUAAGGGGAUGUCUAUAUUGCUCCUUACUUGCUGAAUAUUUUUAACGUUUCUUCUCCUUUCCCAAUGUGGUUGCUCACCGUUCCAGUAGGCCUAAGUGUCAGGCUUGUUAGAGUUUUUGUGAUAGCCCUGUCUCUUAAAUCCCUUAUCUCACAGUUCUUCAAAUGCGUGACUGAACCAACGCUUCAAGCCAAAGAUUUUAAUAUGUUCAGAUUAUGUUGUCUGAAAUAAAAAAAAAGGUAGAAUGUGUUAUUGCUUUUUUUUUGUAGUCUACAAAAGCUCAACAUAAUUACACGAUCUGUAGUUAUUUAAACGCUACGAUGACUUGUCGUUCUCCCAAACCCCUGAUUGAUUUUUUUAUUUUUAUUUUUUUAAAUAAAUGUAUAACAAAACGAUGCUUUUCUACACUAUAAUUUUCUAACUGAGGCAGUGGAUUGUGGUUACACUGCAAUCAUAAGAUGUUUUACGUAUAUAUAAUGUACUGCAAUUUUUUUUUUAUGAUGGGAGAAAUUGUAAUAUUGAGAUAAUUAUUCGGAAGUGAGCCUGUUUUAAGGUUUACAAUGUUUGGA